CUUCCGGUUGGCAGGGCGCUGGGCUCCAGAAAGUUGUUGCUGCGGUGGUCGCGAUGGGGAAGUCGGAUUUUCUUACCCCUAAGGCCAUCGCCAACAGGAUCAAGUCCAAGGGGCUUCAGAAGCUGCGCUGGUAUUGCCAGAUGUGCCAGAAGCAGUGCCGGGACGAGAAUGGCUUUAAGUGUCAUUGUAUGUCCGAAUCUCAUCAGAGACAACUAUUGCUGGCUUCCGAAAAUCCUCAGCAGUUUAUGGAUUAUUUUUCAGAGGAAUUCCGAAAUGACUUCCUGGAACUUCUCAGGAGGCGCUUUGGCACUAAGAGAGUUCACAACAACAUCGUCUAUAACGAGUAUAUCAGCCACCGAGAGCACAUCCACAUGAACGCCACUCAGUGGGAGACUCUGACUGAUUUUACCAAGUGGCUGGGCAGGGAAGGCUUGUGCAAAGUAGAUGAGACACCAAAAGGCUGGUAUAUUCAGUAUAUAGAUAGGGACCCAGAAACUAUCCGCCGGCAACUGGAACUAGAGAAAAAGAAGAAGCAGGACCUUGAUGAUGAAGAAAAAACUGCCAAAUUUAUUCAAGAACAAGUGAGAAGAGGUCUGGAAGGGAAAGAACAGGAAGCCCCUGUUUUUACAGAAUUAAGCAGAGAAAAUGAUGAAGAAAAAGUUACAUUUAAUUUGAAUAAAGGAGCAUGUAGUUCAGCAGCAACAUCUUCCAAAUCAAGUUCUUUGGGACCAAGUGCGUUGAAAACAAUAGGAAACGCAGCUUCAGUGAAACGAAAAGAAUCUUCCCAGAGCUCAGCUCAAUCAAAAGAAAAGAAGAAGAAGAAAUCUGCCCUCGAUGAAAUCAUGGAGAUCGAAGAGGAAAAGAAAAGAGCUGCCCGCACAGACUACUGGCUACAGCCUGAAAUCAUUGUGAAAAUUAUAACCAAAAAACUUGGAGAGAAAUAUCAUAAGAAAAAGGGUAUUGUUAAGGAAGUAAUUGACAAAUACACAGCUGUUGUGAAGAUGAUUGACUCCGGAGACAAGCUGAAACUGGACCAGACUCAUUUAGAAACAGUAAUUCCGGCACCAGGAAAAAGAAUUCUUGUUUUAAAUGGAGGCUACAGAGGAAAUGAAGGUACCUUAGAAUCCAUCAAUGAGAAGACGUUUUCAGCUACUAUAGUCAUCGAAACUGGCCCUUUAAAAGGACGCAGAGUGGAAGGAAUUCAAUAUGAAGACAUUUCUAAACUUGCCUGAGUUUGAAAAUUUGUUAACAGCACAUUAAAAUCCUAAAGCAUCAAAUUGGUGUUCUCCAAGGCAUUAUGAGACUCUACUGUGUUAGGGUGUUUCUUUUGUAUAAAACAAAUGGAUUUAUUUAAAUAUUACUGUAUAGUUGUUUAGCUAAACUUAUAGAAAAAUCUAUGUUUCAUGAAGUAUCAAAACUAUAUAAUUUUGUCCUUGUUAUUUUUGUGUCCUUUAUAAUAUUUCCUUGAUGAUUUUUAUCUUCAUUAAAAGAAUGUUAUUGUAA